AUGGCUGAGGUAGCUAAAGGACAGUCUUGGGCCGACGUUGAAGAUGAUCUGCCUUCUCCACAAGUGAUUGACAACAAAGAUGGAACCAAAACGGUUAUAUCGUACAGAUUGAACGAGGCAGGUAAGAAGAUUAAGCUGACACAGAAAGUCAGAGAAAUCAAGGUGACGGAAAAGGUGAAUAAGGGUGUUGCCCAGAGAAGAAAAUGGAGCAAAUUCGGUGAUGAAAAGGAUUCCACCACUAUUGGACCAGAUUUCAGAACCACACAGGUUGGUACAGCUGUGGAAUUGGUUUUGGGAACAUCUUGGAGAGGAGAAGAGUCUAAGAAGGAGGAGGAGAAGAAGCUGGAUGUCGUGAAGGCCACUAACGUCAAGUGUAGAACGUGUGACGGUAACCAUUUCACAUCCAAAUGUCCUUUCAAAGAUACAUUGGGAGCCGAUCCAGAAGGCUCUGGUGCUCAUGAUGAUGGUGGAGAGUCUGCCGGUGCUCCAGGGGCUUACAUUGCUCCUCAUCUGAGAGCUGGUGGCUCCAAGCUGGGUGGUCGUAACUUCGAAGAGCGUGACGAUUCGACAACGUUGAGAGUUACGCAGCUCAACGAAAUGGUUGAUGAGGAUAUGAUCAGAGAAGAACUCUUUGCUCCUUUUGGUAUGUUGAGAAGAGUCACCCUGGUGAGAGACAGAGAGACCGGACAGUCCAAGGGUACCGCCUACGUUGCUUAUGAAACCGUUGAGGCUGCUCAGAAAGCCAUGGAGAAUCUGGAUGGUAGGGGUUACCACUCGCUGAUUUUGAGAGUAGAGUUCUCGAAACCAAGACCUGCCAGAUAA